AUGGGAAACGCACAAUCAGGAUUUUCGGGCCAGCCGGGCGACAAGGACAGGAAGAAGGAUAAGGAAAAGAAGAAGUGGCAGCCGCCCCUGCCUACGACCAUUGGACAGCGCAAGAAGAGAAAGGGGCCCGAUGGCGUUGCGAAGCUGCCGCAGGAGUUUGUCCAGAACCAGCAGCGCCUGAAGCCACAAGAGGAGAAGACACAGGAGGAGCGCGCGCGCGUGGACGAAUUGCGUGGCUCGCCCAUGACUGUCGGAACGCUCGAGGAGGUCAUUGACGACAACCACGUCAUCGUUUCGGCGACGUCCGGUCCCGAGUACUAUGUCUCGCUCCUGUCGUUCGUCGACAAGGACCAGCUUGAGCCUGGAUGCUCUGUCCUCAUGCACCAAAAGUCGAUGGCAAUUGUGGGUGUGCUGCAGGAUGAUGCUGAUCCCAUGGUCAGCGUGAUGAAGCUAGAGAAGGCGCCAACAGAGUCGUAUGCCGAUGUUGGAGGUCUCGAGCAACAGAUUCAGGAAAUCAAGGAGGCAGUCGAGCUGCCGCUGACGCACCCAGAGCUGUACGAGGAGAUGGGUAUCAAGCCACCCAAGGGUGUCAUCCUACGCUGCUUGCCUAAGGCUGUUGCAAACCAGACGUCGGCAACAUUCCUGCGCGUGGUCGGUUCAGAGUUGAUUCAAAAGUACCUUGGCGACGGCCCCAAGCUAGUGCGCGAGCUGUUCCGUGUGGCCGAGGAGAACUCGCCGUCGAUUGUGUUUAUUGACGAAAUUGAUGCCGUCGGCACCAAGCGCUACGACUCGAACUCGGGCGGUGAGAAGGAGAUCCAGCGCACUAUGCUUGAGCUCCUCAACCAGCUUGAUGGCUUCGAUUCGAGCAGCGAUGUCAAGGUCAUCAUGGCCACCAACCAGAUCGAGUCGCUCGACCCGGCAUUGAAUUCGUCCUGGCCGUAUCGACCGAAAGAUCGAACCAAGCGCCAUAUCUUUGGCAUCCACACCUCGCGCAUGACGCUUUCGGAGGACGUCGACCUCGAGGAAUUUGUCAUGUCCAAGGACGACCUGUCGGGUGCUGAUAUCAAGGCUAUCUGCACAGAAGCCGGCCUUCUUGCGCUGCGCGAGCGCAGAAUGAAGGUCUGCAACGACGACUUCAAGAAGGCGCGCGAGAAGGUCCUGUACCGGAAGAGCGAGGGCACGCCCGAGGGCCUGUAUCUCUAA